UUCCCACUUUAGCAGUGGUCGACGAAAAGAAUAAAACAUUUUCUGUAUCACCACGAUUCCUGCCACUGUAUCGUGAUGAAGGCAACGGCCGUGGUUUUUCUUCUAGCCACGAUCAGUGCACAAUGUUCUGCACGUCUGAUAGGCGGCUGGACCGAGCACGAUCCAUCCAGUGAUCCAAAAUAUUUGAAGCUGGCCCACUUUGCGAUAUCUCAACAGACAACCGGUCUCGCCCAUUACCAUACAAUCUUGAAACUGCUGAAAGUAGAGACACAGGUUGUCUCAGGAGUCAACUACAAAUUGAUAUUCGAGACUGCUCCAUCGAACUGUACGGUCGCUGAUGGUCCAUACUCUAGCGAGCACUGCAAGCCUACAACUAAUCAAGCUUCAGCAGCCUGCACUGCAAUCAUUUACGAGCGUCCGUGGGAAAACUAUAGGGAGGUCACAUCCUUCAGGUGCCACAAGUGAAAUCUCAAUGCCUGCCUGUGAGACACAAGGUCGAUUCGAUGAAAUUCAAAUUCAUGUUAUCCGUAGUGUGAAAUGACUUGAAUAUGAGAGCAAAAAUAUUUUUGCACGACCUGAUGUGCUCCAAUGAGCUGCGCUACAACAUUACGUUGUCUGUACAGCCCAACUUCCGAUUAAAAAAUAUAUGAUGUUUUACGUGUCAAAA